AUGGACGAGAUAAGCUUGAAAGCGGAGUUUAGGAUCGAAAAGCUCUCUGUUGCCUUUUAUGCAUUUUUUGCUCCGUUUCUUGGGAAGAACGUGUAUGAAUACGUGGCCGUUGGUGUUUAUUCCUUCUUGGCACUCAGUGUAUUUGUGCUUUAUGUUAGAUGCAGAGCUAUUGAUCCCGCUGAUCCUGGAAUUUUGACUGAAGCUGCCGAAACACCAGCUUAUGGAUUGCAAAAUGACACAGAUUUGCGUGGAAUUGCAUCUUCUCGUGAAGAACCUAGCAAAGCCGGAUUGGAGAAUGGAGGAAAAUCUGAUAGGUGUGGUUCAAGUGGUUGUUCAAAAAUUGUGGGACUCGUUUGUGGUUUUUUUGCGUGGGAAGAUUGUCGGAAAGAUGAAGAUCUUUUUGCUCAACAAACUGGAGAAGAAGAUGCUUUGUUCUGCACAUUGUGCAAUGCUGAGGUGCGCAAGUUCGGCAAACAUUGCAAAAGCUGUGACAAAUGUGUUGAUGGGUUUGAUCAUCACUGUAGGUGGUUGAAUAAUUGUGUUGGGAGGAAAAAUUACAUCACAUUUGUGUGCCUUAUGGCUGUAAGCCUUGGCUGGCUUGUUUUUGAAUUUGGAGUGGGCAUUGCUGUUCUUGUUCGUUGCUUCACUGAUAGGAAGGCAACAGAAAAUCAGAUAACUGACAGGCUUGGAGAAGGAUUCUCACGACCCCCAUUUGCUACUGUAGUGGCCCUAUGUACAGCUGUUUCUUUUCUGGCCACUGUGCCUUUGGGAGAACUGUUCUUUUUCCACGUAAUUCUAAUUCGAAAGGGUAUCACAACCUAUGAGUACGUUGUCGCAAUGAGGACCCAAAGUGAAGCUCCUGGGCCCUCUGUGGACGGAGGAGAUCUGCAGAGUUUGCCAUCCUCACCAACAAGUUCUGCCAUGAGCGGAAGAAGCUCUCUUGGAAUGAGCUUGCAAUAUAAAGGUGCUUGGUGUACUCCUCCUAGAAUCUUUAUGGACCACCAGGAUGAAAUUAUCCCUCAUCUAGAGCGAGAUCGCUUACCAUCCACUGUUGAUCCAGAUUCAUUGCCUCCUCCUGAUAAGGGGAAAAGGUUAGCCCAGCGUCCAGUCCGGAUAAGUGCAUGGAAGCUUGCCAAAUUGGACUCUAAUGAGUCAAUCAAGGCAGGGGCCAAGGCUAGAGCUUCAUCAUCUGUUUUACGUCCAGUAAGUUCCAGACAUCAUCCGUAUGACUCCGAUCAUUUAUCCAAUAGCAAUGUGAGUGGCAGAAGCAGUCCAACCAGUACCAAUCAUGGAUUUCAUGAAAGAAAUACUAGAGCAGGAACAUCAAGGUUAUCUUCUUCGAAGAGUUCAUAUCCUCCCAGUCGUGCUAGCAGGGAAGAUAAUGAAAUGUGUGGCCACAACAUUAGUAACCUAAACAGCCCUCAUCCCCCUAACCUCACACCUUCUCCAUUAGAGCAGCUGGCUUCAAACAGAGAUCAUUUCAAUCCGAUGUACAUGUCAUCAGUAGAUCGAUCUCCUUUGUCAGCAAAGGACGCAAAUGAAACUGCAGUUAGUGAUGUAGAAAGGGUACCAAUGAGUAGAAACUUGGGUGCUGCAGAAAAUUCAAGGUCGUCGUCAGUAUUUUGGGAUCAAGAAGCUGGGCGCUUUGUCUCUGCAGCCACCAGAAGUGUUAGUUCUUCCUCUCAGGUAUCCGGAAGAGAGCCGCUUACAUAUGCAGGUCAAUCUAUUUUCUAUGGUGGUUCCCCUGUGGAUGAACAGUUGAGCAGAGGGACAAGAACUGGCAACUCACUGCCUUCCGAUCCUGAGAGAGGUUCCACGUCAAGUUACUAUCGGCAGGGUAGAUCACAACGAGGUGGCCAGCUUCCAGUGUUUGUUCCAAGUGAUUCCCAGCACCACCAAUUUUCUUCUACACUGCGAUGA